UGUUGCCGUUGACGAAGAUGGACUUCAGUAACAAAGUUGUUGUGAUCACCGGCGCCAGUUCCGGUAUAGGAGCUACUGCAGCUGUGAUGUUCGCCAAACAAUCCGCCAAGCUUGUCCUUGUAGGAAGAAAUGAAGCGAAUCUAAACAAAGUCGCCACACAAUGUGAAGCCGAGAAGAAAAUCAAGCCCCUGAUCGUCAAAGCCGAACUAAACAACGAUCAAGACGUCAAGAAAAUUGUGACUGAAACUAUUAAAGUGUUCGGAAAGAUUGACGUUUUAGUGAAUAACGCAGCUGUUGGUGUUAGAGGAAGCAUAAAAGACGGCAUUGAACCGUACGACCAGGUCAUGGCCAACAAUAUGAGAUCGGUUUACCUCCUCACAAGUCUCGCGACACCGCACCUUAUCAAAGCUAGAGGAAACAUCGUCAACGUAUCCAGUGUAGCAGCAUUUAAGCCCAUUAAAGACGCGGAUUAUCUUCCCUAUUGCAUUUCCAAAGCGGCUUUGGACCAAUUCACUAAAUGUGUUGCGUUAGAUUUAGGACCGGAUGGCGUAAGGGUCAAUUCCGUUAAUCCUGGAGGUACAAAGACACCGUUUGCUGAGAACGCUGGCUUUAGUAAGGAACAAGUGAAUGAACUGUAUGAGGGUCGUAAUAAAAACUAUCCUCUAAGAAAGAUGGCGGAGAGUGAAGAUGUGGCCGACCUGAUUCUUUAUCUCGCAAGUGAUCGCGCUCGUAGUAUCACCGGAUCUAUUUACGUUAUCGACAACGGAGAAACGUUGAUGUGAUAUCAUCGAUACUCGUUUAGUGUAAUGUUUACUACACAGUAAAUUGGCUUGACUUUUUCCUUGUUGAAAACCGGUUGAGCGCGCCUUAUACAUAUAUUUGUUUAUUUAUAGUGUUGUUAAUAUAUCUAGCGCCUUAAUUAAAACGUUUUCUAUAAUUUUCUUGCAUUGUUUACCACCAAUAUUUUGUCUCCGUAAGAAAAUAGAAGUUAGUGAGUAAAAAUAAACGUG